AUGAGUAGUUGGGUGAUCCGAUCAAUCUUCUUGGCUACGUCUGCAGCCUCCGCAUUGGCCUCCGAUUUUGACGGCAUUGCCGCAAAUGGGCUUCAAAACAUCCACGACUCAUCCUGCCGCACUCCCUCCUUUGUGCUGUCGGUUUCUUACGCGAAGUACGCAAACCGAGGAUGCCCCGACGCCUGGACUCCACCUCCCUCUUCUAGUCCUGCCGCUGGCCCUUGGGGGAUUGUUGACCGGAUUUCUGCUAAUGCUCAACCGUGUUAUUACGUCCCACGUCGGCUUAGUUUCCCUAUGGUCGGAAUGAAUACUGGGAGCGAGUUGUGGUUUAAGGUCUACAAAAUUUCUGAAACCGAAUUGGUGAAGCUGGAAUCUGGAAGACAAAUUAAUAUGGGGCUCAGGGAUGAUUCCACGAGCGAUCUGAUCGCUCGGUAUUCCUCAAGCAAUUGA